AUGGCUAGGCACUUAGGGUUCACGACUAUUUGGUGUUCAAAUUUCAAGACUCCGCUGCCGCCGUCUAGAUUAUUUUCGUACGCGUCUGUGUACGCUAGUGCUUUGGACUUCUUCCUGCCUCGGCGAGGACUGUCAACUCUACGUUUCCGCAAAGCCAGUCGACCCAUCAGUGCACGCCAUAUGCGCGCUCCGUGUACCUCACGCCGUAGGAAGGCCUACGCUGCUGUCCCUGUCAGUGGCAGCUCUUGCGGCCGUUCCUCUGGAUGCGUGCUGGGAGAUCUCACGGCCACGCGGCGCUGCAUGUUCCAGGACCUCACGUUCUGGAGCAUGUAG